CCAAAACAAAACAUUAACAAUUUAACACACCCAUUUGAUUACUAAUAACAUUUUAAAAACGGGUCUUAAAACACAAUGAAUUACAUAUAUUUUCCUUUUCUUAUUGUAAUAUUAGUGUUAGUAAACAAAAGUGAAGCAGUAAGAUGCUAUCAAUGUGGAUCAGAUGAAGAUGGCAAAUAUGAAGACAACUGUGGUGCUUAUAAAAAAUUUGACAAAUUGAAUCACAUUGCUAUUGAAUGUAAUAGUGAGGAAAGUCAUAUGCCUGGUUCUUUUUGUAUGAAAGUUACUCAACAAAGUCCUAGAGGUUUCAUUUGGGACGGGAGGUGGAGACAAGUAAUAAGAAGAUGUGCAUCUGUUGCUGAUACAGGAGUAACUGGAGUAUGUAAUUGGGGGGUGUAUGAAAAUGGAAUUUACUGGGAAGAAUGUUAUUGUUCAGAAGAUGAAUGUAACAGCGCACACAUUACUAAACUAUCGAUAGUUUCAGCUAUUAGUUUUAUCAUUUUACCAAUUAUGAGGUAUAUUUGGAACUAAAAGAAACAUAAUAUCUUAUUACUUUGUUGACUAAUGAAGGUAGUCAGACAGAAAGAAGCGAAAUAAAUUAAUAUUGUCAGUAAUUCUGUAAAAACGUAAUAUACAUUAAGAGACAUUAUUUUUCAAAUAAUUUUGAAUAUUUUGUUUAAAUACUAUAUUUUACACAAUUAAAUUUAAUAAACUACCUUUUGGACUAAAAAAUAAUUCUUCUGUCUGGUUUUUAUUCAGUAUAUUACAAAUUUUAAAACAAAGUUUAGUUUAAGGUAUAUAAAUGUUUUACUGACAAAAUUAAUUUCCAGGAUAAGACCUUUAGUGUAGUCUAAAGGUGUCUUCCUCAGCCCGUUCAAAAAAGUUUAAUUUUAAUAGAUUUUGUACAAUUUUUAGAUCUUAUACAUAUAAUAUAACCACUUAGUUUUAUUUGUUGACUUGUUGUAAUGUAUAAACAAUGAAAAAUGUGCCUUCAUAUAUUUAGAUCACAUCCAUUUGCCAUUUUCAGUGAAUAUUAUCAAUAGGAAAUUGUAUCAAACUUCAUAAAUGAAGCAAGAGAGAUAAACUGUUAUUUCCAUUCAUUUUACCAAGUUAACUAUAUCACAUUCCUAUGUAUAUUGUAGUUGUCAGAUGUCUGCUAAUCUGACAAUAAUUUCGAUAUACUAAGAGUAGAAAUUGGAUGAUCGUACUUGAUUUAGAAAUAUAACACUUGACUAUUUAUUACAAAAAUUAUAGAUGACACAUAUUGAUUUAAAACUGAAUCUCGUAGUUAUUAAAAAUACACAUACAGUAUUUCAACUUUUAUUUGUGUUUAAAAAACUCUUUCCAUUCUAUUCUUUGAUAAAGCAGUAUCAAUAUUUAUCAGUUAUCAAUAAUAGACUACAAGCCCAUAGGACUUUUUAAGGAGUCAUUUGACCCAGCAUGAAAAAUGUAUGGCAUGUCCAUUUCAUAUUGGCUCAAAUCACCUGCCUUGUACUACUUAAAAAGACAGGAGUGUCCCCUAGAUUUCUCACUCCUGUACCAGCCGAUAUGUACAGCCCUGUAUGUAUGAAUGCUGUACUGUAUCAAGUUGCCGAAAAUGGUUCAAAAUUUUCUGAAAAAAAGAUUGUCUCCCUACUACUGGUAUUUUUGUAAGGCAUUAGGUCGCAGGUGAUUAUUUUAGUAUUAUCUACCUAGUUAUAAAUGCCGUACAAAUAUGAUUGGCCAAAAUGCCCCCCUCCUUGAGUGGUAAGUGUUUACUUUACCUAUGUAGUCACCUGUACCGAUAAAAAUUGACAGGAUAGUUUCUUAAAGUUUUUAUUACACAUUGUAGCAUUGAUUUACAUGUGAUUCAUGCUGGGUCAAGUGUCCCCUUUAAAUGUCCCAUGGGCUUGUAGUCUAUAAGCAUUAUUUUGUAUUUAUAAUAUAUUUUCUGUGAGAAAUAAAUAUCUAAAGUUCCACCAUGAUGUCAGUGGUGCUAAAAUGGUAUUUUGAUCGGGAGAGUUGUUAUACCAUAGACUAUAUAUCGUUCAUCCGGAGGAAGAGGGUUACAUCUCAAAAAACAAUAUUUUUCAGGAGAGCCAGUUUAAGUUUUAUGUGAAAUAAAAAUAUUUAUUUCAUUUAAAUUACAGAGUGUCAAGUUACCAUUUUCAUUUUGUAGUUAAGAUUUUAUAAGUACUUUAAGAUGAUGUAUAUACAUAUUUCCAGAAAAUUAAAGCUAGGGAGAGUUUGAAAGAUGUAACUCUCUUUCCCAUAAAAUAACGGUUCUUUUUUUUCUAAUUUGUGGUUGCAUCGUAGACAAAUUAUGGAACCGUCUGACAUUAAACCAUAAAAGCAAAAAAAAAUAGUUUGAGAUCAACGAAAUAUUUAUUUUAGUAUUAUCAUACAUAAUUUACUUACAACUAUUCGUACAAAUAAACAGACUAACGCUCGAAACAAAAGGAAUUUUUCAUUAACAUAAAAAUAGUUCACAAAUUUUUGUAAAAAUUAAUAUAAUAAGGGGGUACGCAAUGUUUUUUUUCAAUUAACGAUAACAAUCCCUGUUUUUUUGCAUCGGUUAUACCAGGUUUUACAGAAAAUGCUUUCUUGAGCUCGAUUUUAUUAACAUCAAUUUGUUUUCUUGAAUUUAUAAUUUGUACCUCAUUGUAAUCCGAUUGUUCAAAGGAGGUUUUGUAAAAAAAGAUCCCAGGGUGAUUUUUUUCCAACUUAUACAUUUUGAUAUUAUUCAGCUUUACAUUAUUAGGUAGGUUUACAAAUAGUUCCGAUGUUAAAGCUUUAAGAUCGUAAAUGUCAGUGUGACAUAAUUCCUUUAGUUUAUACGCUGUACCUUUCUUUUUUGAAUUCCUAAUUAUGCAGGCAUAUUGAUCUGGAGAAAAUAUAGGGCCGGAUUUUCUAAAUUUUUUAAUCUCCUUCUCUAUUAGAGCAUGCAUGCUAUCCCCUUCAUUUUGUGAGUGGCCAGGUAUAAAAAAUUUGUGCGUUAUAGAGUUAAUGUUAAAAUGAGAGAUUGCGUAGAUAAACAUAGCUAUUAUGAACCUAUUUUUAUUUUGCCCAACACAAUUAUCGGAAUAAAAUAUAAUGUCAAGUUCAUCCUUAUUUUGUUGGGCUAAAUCUUGAAGAUAGGUUAAAAUGCAUGUACCAAUUUCAUUGGCACCUCUAUUAGCCUCCCCUUCAUGCCACAUAAAACAUGAGCCCUUGUUGCAUUUUAUAUCGUAUAAAGUAAAGUUUAAUACGUUAAGUUUGGACACGUAAUAAAAACACGAAGCGUCUCCGAUCGGACACGGCAACACUGCCUGCAAAUCAAAUACCACUACUUUAGUUUUGUCAUCACUGUUCUUAUCUUUUUCCUUUUCUUUCCUACUUAAAUCCUUCUCUUUUAUAUGUUUUUUAUAUUUUUCUUCCAUAUCCUGUUUGUGCUCAUCAUUACAAUUUCUAUAUUGUACACAUUCUUCACACUGAUCUUUUUUGGGUAAAUGUAAAGCCAAAUUAAAUUCUUCAUUGAAUAUUUUACUAUACAUGACAUAGUUAGCACAGGGAAGGUUCUGCUCAUUACAUUGUUUGGUAUAAUCCCUGUGCAAGUCUGCAAUCGUUUUACUUCCAUCGAUAUAUUCCUUACUGGUGUUGGCCCUACAGUAAUGGCUUUCAAUGCGUGGGAUACUGUUGAUGUGAUUCCUUACAUUAUUUUUUACAUUUUCACUAAUUUUAUGGUGAUUCCCAUGUCUUCCUCUUUUGUCCUUUUCCAAUACCCUGCCGCUGUCACAUAAAUUCAGCUUCCUUAAAACUGUACUAAUGACUUUAUGGUUAAUUGCUAAGGUAGCCAUGAAAAAAAGUUUGCAAACACGAAUUGCUUUAUGAUUAAUUAAAAAAAAGUAGGCGUUAUUCGGUUUUCUGGGAUUCUGUGCAUUCGUGUAUUUAUAACGCGGUGUUACAGUUUUCGUAUUGGAUAAUAUAAAUUCUCUUUGCUUUUCAAUAUCUUGCAUAUUCCAAUAGUCGUUAAAAAUUUUUUCUCGCUGACCCGGCAAUAUUUUUUCUGAACAUUUUAACUUGCAUUUUAAGCCACAAGGUGGCAAGAGGGAUCUCUUUUCCUUAGUUACUUUGCUUUUUACGGUUUUGCCAUCUUCCGAUUGAAUCACACGCGUAUAAGUAUACUCUUGGCCACUAUUUCGCAGCUUUUUGUUUACUACUUUUUUCCACGUAUCCGGAUUUGUAAUUCUCUUUCUAGUUGGUUUAAUGUUUUCAGAUUGGCGAUUUUCUACUUUUCUUUUUUUAGAUUUAGGUAACUGUAGCUUGUCUUCUUCACGUUCCGAAGAGCUACUAUCAAUUGACGAAUCAAAAUUAGGAUCCUUAACGCUAUCAUCUUCAGAAAAAGGUUCAUUUCUAGAAACUUCGGAACAACGAGAUCUGGAAUCAAGGCAUGAAGAUGAUUCAGAAUCUGACGAUGAAUCCGAUGACGAAUCUGAGGAUGAUAGGGUAUUUUUUUCUUGCAAAUCUAAAAAGAAAAAUAUAAAGUUUGGAGAUAUAAACAUAUUAUGUAGCUUAAACUAACAGUCUACAGUAGUCUCUAUUUGCUUAGUCCCAGCAAUAGUGCAAAUGAUAUUUUCUAAAUAUAAAGUAGGCGAAAUUUUUAAAACCUACUUUGACUUACCGUUAAGAGUAGUAUCUAGUAGUUUAUUUUUGGAGCUAUUUAAUUCUAUAGGAAUAUUAAUUUUCAGAAGAUGUUCUCUUUGAAUAUUUACACCUGUAAUACAAAUAAAUAUUGAAACAUUAAUUAACCUUGGAGAAAAGCUCUGGCUAACUUACCAUGAUUUUC